CUAAUAAUGAUUAGCGACGCCCACAUGCACCGACGCCUGUAAUAAUCGAGACAGCUAAUUUCCUCACCAUUCACGUCAUGUUACAGUUUUCCAUUACCAAAUAGUCAAAUGCCAAUUAAAUAAAAUGGUAAUUCCCAAGAGCUGAUUGAUUUCUUGAGGGUUUGUCAUUUGAGGUUUGAUUUCCAUUGGUGGUCUUCUGCUUAUUAGUCGAAUAGGACGAUUAAAGCAGAAAAGAUCCAACCUUGGAAGAACAGAUUGAACCCCAAUUAAUCAAGGAUUUGGCGAGGUUUCCUUCAAUUCUUCUUCAUUUCGACGACGACGGGAUUGCUAAGGAUGCAGAGGGUUAAAGAUCAGCAGCUUUCAAGAUCCACAAAACCAGCCACCAUUCAUGCAUCUGCUCAGUCCGGCGACCUUCCCGCCGUCCAGAGGCGUCUCCGUGACAACCCUUCACUCAUCAAUGAUCGGAACCCCGUUAUGGCAAAUACACCCCUUCAUGUUGCUGCUGGUCAUAACAGUGUUGAAGUAGUUAAGUUUCUCUUGAACAUGGCUGGACCUGAAACAGUUGAGUUGGAAGCAAAAAACAUGUAUGGAGAAACACCAUUACACAUGGCUGCUAAAAACGGUUGCAAUGAAGCUGCAGGGCUUCUUCUUUCUCAUGGAGCUUCUACCGAAGCUAAAGCAAAUAAUGGAAUGACUCCAUUGCACCUUUCUGUUUGGCACUCACUCAGAGCAGAGGACAGCUCGACUGUGAAGACAUUGCUUGAACAUCACGCUGACUGCAGUGCCAAAGAUAAUGAAGGUAUGACACCUUUGAAUCAUUUGUCACAAGGACCAGGAAACGAGAAGCUACAAGCACUUCUGAAAUCUUACCUUGAAGAACAAAGAAAACGAAGAGCUGUUGAAGCAUGUAGUCAAACAAAAGCAAAAAUGGAUGAACUUGAAAAUGAAUUAUCAAAUUUAGUGGGGCUUCAUGAGCUUAAAUUACAACUUAGAAAAUGGGCUAAAGGGAUGCUUUUAGAUGAAAGGCGAAGAGCCCUUGGUUUAAAAGUUGGGACCCGUAGACCACCUCAUAUGGCCUUCCUUGGCAAUCCAGGAACAGGUAAAACUAUGGUAGCUCGGAUUCUUGGAAAGUUACUUUUUAUGGUUGGGAUUUUACCAACGGAUAAGGUGACAGAGGUGCAAAGAACAGAUCUGGUUGGUGAAUUUGUUGGUCAUACCGGACCUAAGACAAGGAGAGUGAUAAAGGAAGCAGAAGGCGGGAUCUUGUUUGUGGAUGAAGCAUACCGAUUAAUCCCCAUGCAAAAAUCAGACGAUAAAGACUACGGAUUAGAAGCCCUUGAAGAAAUCAUGUCAGUUAUGGACACUGGCAAAGUCGUAGUCAUCUUUGCAGGAUACAGUGAGCCAAUGAAACGUGUGAUUUCUUCAAACGAAGGUUUUUGUAGACGUGUAACAAAAUUCUUCACUUUUGAUGACUUUACAACCCAAGAUUUAGCCAAUAUUGUUCAUCUAAAAAUGAAUAACAACAAUCAAACGGAAGGAAGCAUAUUAUAUGGAUUCAAAUUGCAUCCUUCAUGUACAGUUAAAACAUUAGCAAAUCUAAUAGAGACUGAAACAAGUGAGAAACAAAGAAAGGAGAUGAAUGGAGGUUUGGUGGAUCCUUUGUUGGUUAAUGCUCGUGAGAAUCUUGAUUUGAGGCUUAGUUUUGACUGUAUGGAUACAGACGAGUUGUUGACUAUCACUUUAGAGGAUUUACAAGAAAGGGGUAGGAGAUUGAGUUGA